AUGACUUCCUACAGCUAUCGCCAGUCGUCGGCCACCUCUUCCUUCGGGGGUCUGGGCAGCGGCUCCAUGCGCUUCGGGGUGGGAGGCGCCUUCCGCGCGCCCAGCAUCCACGGGGGCUCGGGUGGCCGCGGCGUGUCGGUGUCCUCCGCCCGCUUCGUGUCCUCGUCCUCCUCCGGGGGCUACGGCGGCGGCUAUGCGGGCGCCCUGGCCGGCUCCGACGGGCUGCUGGCGGGCAACGAGAAGCUCACCAUGCAGAACCUCAACGACCGCCUGGCCUCCUACCUGGAGAAGGUGCGCGCCCUGGAGGAGGCCAACGGCGACUUGGAGGUGAAGAUCCGCGACUGGUACCAGAAGCAGGGGCCCGGGCCCGCCCGCGACUACAGCCACUACUUCAAGACCAUCGGGGCCCUGCGGGACCAGAUUCUUGGUGCCACCGUUGAGAAUUCCAGGAUGGUCCUGCAGAUCGACAACGCUCGUUUGGCUGCAGAUGACUUUCGAACCAAGUUCGAGACGGAGCACGCCCUGCGCGUGAGCGUGGAGGCCGACAUCAACGGCCUCCGCAGGUUGCUGGACGAGCUGACCCUGGCCAGGACCGACCUGGAGAUGCAGAUCGAGAACCUCAAGGAGGAGCUGGCCUACCUGAAGAAGAAUCACGAGGAGGAAAUCAGUGUCCUGAAGGGCCAGGUGGGUGGUCAGGUCAGUGUGGAGGUGGACUCCGCUCCGGGCGUCGACCUAGCCAAGAUCCUGAGCGACAUGAGAAGCCAAUAUGAGGUCAUGGCUGAGAAGAACCGGAAGGAUGCUGAGGCCUGGUUCACCAGCCAGACCGAGGAGCUGAACAGGGAGGUCGCUGGCCACACGGAGCAGCUGCAGAGCAGCAAGACGGAGGUCACCGACCUGCGGCGUACCCUCCAGAGUCUGGAGAUCGAGCUGCAGUCUCAGAUCAGCAUGAAAGCUGCCCUGGACGGCACGCUGGCCGAAACGGAGGCUCGCUUCGGAGCCCAGCUGGCGCAGAUCCAGGCGCUGAUCAGUGGUGUCGAAGCCCAGCUGAGCGAUGUGCGUGCCGACACCGAGCGGCAGAACCAGGAGUACCAGCACCUAAUGGACAUCAAGUCCCGGCUGGAGCAGGAGAUCGCCACCUACCGAAACCUGCUGGAGGGCCAGGACGCCUACUACAACGACCUGUCCACCCCGAAGGUCCUCUGA